AAAGUCUGAAGCAAACCGAGAGCGUGCAAUAAUAUAUAUAAGAAGAAACCCCACAUUUUAUAUUGUUUCAGCGAAGAAGGAAGAAAUUGGUGUUCUUUAAUGUGAAAGGGUUGGAACGGUUUUUGAUUUUAACCCUGCAAAGAGCCUUCCUUUGCGGUUUUUCUUCUUGAGAAGAAGAAGGCUCUUUGUUGUUGUUGAUUUUGAAGAAGGAAAGAAGGAAGGAAGAAAAUGAUGAGGCUAUGGAUUUCUUAUCUGCAAUUGGUGGAACUUUUUGUGAGUUCAUUGGUUCAUAUGCUUUAUGGGUUUUACAUAUUUAGCUCCGCUGUGGCUGGGGAUCUCUCACAGGCUCUCAAUGAAUAUUUUCACAAGGUUAAUAAUGUGAAUGUUGAGGUCAGAGAGGAAAUUUCCAAGCCCAAUCAGGCUAAUGAUCUUCCUCCUAUUGUACUUGUUCAUGGGAUUUUUGGAUUUGGCAAAGGGAGAUUGGGGGCUUUAUCAUACUUUGCUGGGGCAGAGAAGAAGGAUGAAAGGGUUCUUGUCCCUGAUUUGGGGUCCUUAACCAGUAUCUAUGAUAGGGCACGAGAAUUGUUCUAUUAUUUAAAAGGUGGGCAAGUUGAUUAUGGUGAGGAGCACAGCAAGGCUUGUGGACAUUCGCAGUUUGGACGAAUCUAUGAACAAGGGCAUUACCCUGAAUGGGACGAGGAUCACCCUAUUCAUUUUGUUGGGCACUCAGCAGGAGCACAAGUUAUUCGUGUCUUGCAACAAAUGCUUGCGGAUAAGGCAUUCAAGGGGUAUGAAAACACCUCAGAGAACUGGGUAUUAAGCGUCACAUCCUUAUCGGGAGCAUUUAAUGGGACUACAAGAACCUACGCAGAUGGCAUGCUGCCAGAAGAUGGGAGAACAUUGAAACCUAUUUGCCUGCUACAGCUAUGCCGCAUUGGGGUGAUAAUAUAUGAUUGGUUCGACAUUUCCUGGCUGAAGAACUACUACAAUUUUGGGUUUGAUCACUACAACAUGUCUUGGAGAAAAAUGGGCAUAUGGGGUCUUGUUGACUGCCUAUUGGGGAAUGCAGGUCCAUUUGCUUCAGGAGAUUGGAUCCUCCCUGAUCUCACAAUUCAAGGCUCUAUAAGACUCAACUACCAUAUACGUACAUUUCCAAACACGUACUACUUCAGCUACGCCACCAAGCGCACAACAAAGAUCAUGGGUGUUAAAGUUCCUUCAAGCAUACUUGGAAUUCACCCAUUGCUUUUCAUUAGAGUUUUGCAGAUGUGCCAGUGGCGUUUUCCUCCAGAUGUUCCUCCCCCUUAUAAGGGAUACAGGGAUGAGGACUGGCAAGACAAUGAUGGAGCACUAAAUACAAUAUCCAUGACUCAUCCUCGCCUCCCAAUUGAACACCCCAACUGCUUGGUUGAAAAGGAAUCAGACUGCCUACCAUUACAACCUGGCAUCUGGUACUACAAAUAUGUGGAGGGUGAUCACAUACUAUUCAUUAUUAAUCGUGAGAGAGCAGGAGUGCAGUUUGACGUAAUCUAUGACAGUAUUUUCCAACGCUGUAGGAAGCACGUUUUUAGGAAGAAGCUUCCAACAAUGCCUAAUGAAAUCAAUCACUAGCACACCAUUCUUUACUCUCCCAUGUUCAAUUAAAAGAGAUGUAUGAAAAGAAACAGGCUAUUCAUUUCAGUUAAUGCCCCUUCACCUUCUUAAAUGUAAAUAUUUUUCCCACGUUCUCUCAUUUUUAUACCACCAUUUUCUGUAUUUUGUAGGAUUGGAGAGAUAUCAGAGACCAUAAUCAAUAGGAUGUUACAAUCACUAUAAGUGUACACAAUUAUUGUCUCAAUAUUAAACAUCAUGAAAUGAAUUGUUGAAUUUUGAAUUUUUGAGCUUUGCAAUUGUGCUAUGGAAAAUGGGUAUGAUGAGUGCUAGCGUAA